GUCUGUCCCCUCCACCCCUAAAGAUGAAACAGUUAUACCGGUAUAAGAACCCAAGCUAUAGCCAAUGACGAAGCCCAGUUCCAGGUUCUUGCUAUCAAAACAAGAAAAGGUAAUGGAAUCCACUGAUGGUGGCAGCAUCCACAAACAUGACAUGGAAAUAUUUGAAUCGACCCACUGUGAUGCCUUGCAUGACAUGACUCCCCAUAAAUUGCCAGUUGAGCUAUCUGCCAUAUCUUCUAGUCCCAGUAUUACUGAGGAUCAGCAGGCGCUUGGUAGCCCAAAUACUGACAGUGGAAAUAAACAGCUGCUGAGGGUUUAUCUUAGAGUGAGACCAUUUUCCAAGGCAGAGCUUGAGAAUGAUGAAUCACAGGGAUGCAUAACUCUGGAAAAUUCAGAAACUGCUGUGUUGCGUGCUCCUAAAGGUUCUUGUACGAUGAAAAACAGCGAGAAAGGAAUUUGUGAAGCUGUUCAUAGAUUUACAUUUACUCAGAUCUUUGGACCAGAAACUACUCAAACAGAUUUUUUCAAUGGCACAAUGAAGGACAUUGUCAACAGUUAUUUGACCGGGGAGAAUGGAUUAGUCUUUACUUAUGGUGUUACCAAUGCAGGAAAAACCUUCACUAUUCAAGGUGCACCAAAAGAUCCUGGAAUACUUCCCCGAUCACUUGCUCUAAUGUUCAGCUACAUAAAGGGUAAGCAAUACCUGAAGAUGGAUUUCAAGCCACAUCUGAGCAACGGAGUCAUGAAGUUGGACGAUGGUCAGAUUUUUAUGGAGGAGUCUCUCAAAUCUUCCAUUUUAAAUUCAUUGAAAGAGGAGUCUGAUCGAGCUUUGAAGCCAUCGGCAAGCCAAAAGAAUAUGAAAACCCUAACACAUUCAGCAUCUCAUGCCUGCGUCACUUUCCCGACUCUGGUUUCAGACCAGCCAGUCUAUUGUGGACAAAUUCAAAGUCCUAGGUGUCGACAGGCAUGUUUCAGCCUUCUUGUAGCCGAACAAGUAUAA